AUGCCUCCGUUUGAUAAAGCUCAGCUGCAGAACAAACCUUUUAAACUGAGGAAGAGCUUCGCUACCAGGAAACAAGAAGUAGCAGGAAUCAGGUUGAAAUUCCCAAACAAAAUCCCGGUGAUCAUUGAGCGCUAUGAGAGGGAGAAGUUUCUUCCUCCUCUGGAUAAAACCAAGUUCCUGGUUCCACAUGAGCUCACUAUGACUCAGUUUGUCACCAUCAUCAGGAACCGCAUGGCUCUGCUUCCCACUCAGGCCUUCUACCUGCUCAUUAAUAACAGCGGCAUGGCCAGCAUGUCUCUCACCAUGGCUCAGGUCUACAAAGAUCACCAGGACGACGACGGCUUCCUGUACAUGACCUACGCCUCGCAGGAGAUCUUCGGACACGUUUGA